AUGAUCAACCACACUGUUGCGUUUGAAGAACUGGACACAAACAUUUCUGAGUCGUUACCGCUUCUCUCUCUCAACCACAGCAGUUUCCCUGCACUUCGGCUGGAGUCCAAGUCUCUGGUCAUUUCAGCCACAAUGUUCGCCGUGGGUGUCCUGGGAAACCUCAUCGCCAUAGUCGUGCUCUGCGUCUCGAAAAAAGAACAGAAAGAAACCACUUUCUACACUCUGGUCUGCGGUAUGGCCAUCACGGAUCUGUUGGGGACGUGUUUCACUAGCCCGGUGGUUAUCGCCACAUAUGUGUCCAGCCGGUGGCCGGGAGGAGCACUGCUCUGCCACUUCUUUUCCUUUUCCAUGCUUUUCUUCGGCUCCGCUGGCAUGUCCAUAUUGUGUGCAAUGGCUGUGGAGAGAUACUUGGCCAUAAAUCAAGCGUAUUUCUAUUCCCAGCACAUAGACCGAACAAUGGCGCGAUUUGCGCUUCUGGUUACCUACCUGGCAAACAUUGUACUGGGUAUUAUGCCCAGUUUUGGCUUCGGGCAGCACGUUAGACACUUCCCUGGAACUUGGUGCUUUCUCGACUGGAGGGCAAUGGAUCCAGUGGGAGCUUGCUACUCCUUUCUGUACGGCGGCGUGAUGCUGGCGUUGAUCGCUGUAACGGUACUGUGUAACUUGGCGGUGUGCAGGACGUUGGUGGGGAUGAACCAGAGGACAGGAAUAGUCAGGACUGAGCUGUGUGAGCAGGGGGGCUCGCGUCGACGCUUCCCUCGGCUGUCUUCGGUCACUUCUGCGGCAGAGAUCCAAAUGUUCUGGCUGAUGAUCUUUAUGACCAUCGUGUUCCUGGUCUGCUCCAUCCCAUUAGUGGUGCGAAUAUUUGUUAACCAACUGUAUGGCCCAGCCUACAUCUCUGCUGGAGGGAAGCCCGACUACCGGAGCGACAUGUUGGCAAUCCGCUUUGCCUCAUUCAACCCCAUAUUAGACCCCUGGGUGUACAUAUUGUGUCGGAAAAACCUGUUACUAAAGGGCUGCGAGAAACUAAAGAGAACAAUUAACCGGGUUAAGGACGGAAGUGGGGACAACACUGGCUGGGCAGAGGGUCAAAACUCUCCACCGUCUUUAAACAGUAACAAUACCAGUUACGCUUCAAUACCCACAACCAGUCACAGAAACGACGUGGACCACCAAGGGUCCAUCAAGAAUAAAUCCUUUACAGAUUUCGCCUUGAGACAAGCGUGGGAGUACGACACAGCCCGGGUCAACUUCCAUCCGUUCAGCAUCGAAUCGACUGCCAUCCUCGGCUGUGAGGAGGAGGAGGUAGGUGGUAACUCCAAACCGACUGAGACGGCGAAGGCUUCUCCAGGGCGCAGCACAACGCCGCUGCUUCCUGCGCACGUAAGAAGAAUGGAUAUCGUUACCUGCACGUUCAGCACACCGAGCUCCUGUCAGUCGGCGAAAUGUCUCUGA